CAUUCACUGCAUCGAAUUCGAUUGGUUGGCGGUAAUCUAGCUUCUGUAGUAUAGUCCUUAGAAUUGAGUAGGCGAAAAGCCUAGCGAAAUUUGUUGUGUUCAGUCUCGCCAUGUUCUGUCUCCAUUGAAGUCGGCUGCGCUUCACUUUGCGCGGAAGUCCAAGUGCCCUGUUGCAGAUUCUGCUACGUUAACUGCAUCACUUGCGCCCUGAGCUGA